GCACUUCGUCCUCAUCACUCCUCAGCUUUGCAUCUCUUUGCUCGCUCCACUUUUUUUUUUUUUUUUUAAAUUUUGGGGUUUUGUUGCCAGGACAGUUGGAAAACAUUGAAAAAUUCACCUCCUCUCAGGCUGGAUUCACUGGUUCUCACCAAUGGAUGGAGUUUAUUCCCUGACAGGAACACCGACUUCCUAAAAAGCGCUGCUGCUGGACUCUGCAGGGAGAUGGAGCAGCGUGGAGGUUCAGGAGGAGGAAGCGAGAGCCCUGGUCCUCGGGACGGCUCCAGCCCAGAGGAGAGCGGGGACAACGGGGCCAGUCCGGCCUCCAGCGGCCCCCCUCAGUGCAAGCUGAGCCGCCUGGAGGUGAACGGCAGCCCGGCAAACCCACGGAUCCGACACAACGGCACGCCGCUGAGGCCGCUGGGAGGUCUGAUGAUCCCGGUCUACUGUGUGGUUGAACAUGCAGACGACGGACGCAGCGACCGCCACGCCGAGUUCGUGUUGGUUCGGAAGGACGUCCUGUUCACACAGCUGGUGGAGACGGCGCUGGUUGCCCUGGGAUACUCGCACAACUCAGCCGUCCAGGCUCGAGGAAUCAUCAAAGUUGGCCGAUGGAAGCCAAUGCCCAUCCACUACCUGACGGACGCUCCAGAGGCCACGGUGGCCGACAUGCUGCUGGACGUUUACCACAUGGUGACGCUGAGGAUCCUCCUGCACAGCUUCGCCCGGCUGGAGGAGCUGCCGUCGGAGCAGUGGAGCCACGCCACCGUUAGAAACGCCCUCAAAGAGCUGCUCAGAGAAACCAACCAGAGCGCUCUGUCCAAGGAGUGUCCUCUCUCCCAGAGUAUGAUCUCGGCCAUCGUCAACAGUUCCUACUACGCCAACGUGUCCACCUCCAAGUGCCAGGAGUUUGGACGCUGGUACAAGAGGUUCAAACGCAGCAAAGGUGAAUAUAUGGAGAAGAUGUGGUCGUCGCAGGAGAAGUCGGACAUAAAAGUGGAGAGGGAUUUCGACCUGAGCGUCCUCAGCCAUCGUCCUCCGUCUCUUUUGCCCUCUCCGACCCAUUUGGGCUCCUUGGGUGGCGCCGGAGCUCUUCCCAUCAAGACUCUUGUCGGGGACACCCAGCCCCCCAGCCAGCCCCACGGCCAGAACCACCCCAGCCCCCCGCUGCGGCCCCAGGCUCCGCCCCUCCUGGGCCACGGCGGACUGCUGCCCCCUCAGCUGGUCCGCCAGCAGCUAGCCAUGGCCCACCUCCUCAACCAGCAGCUGGCCGUCAGCCGCCUGCUCGCCCACCAGCACCCACCAGGAGUCAACCAGCAGUUCCUCAACCACCCGCCCAUCUCACGCACCUGUAAGGUGGGCGGCGCCGAGCCCGGCCUCAGCUGCUCCGGGGCCGAAGUCUCCUCCGACAUUUACCAGCAGGUCAGGAACGAGCUGAAGAGGGCCAGCGUGUCGCAGGCCGUGUUCGCCCGGGUGGCUUUCAACCGCACACAGGGCCUGCUGUCGGAGAUCCUUCGUAAGGAGGAGGAUCCCCGCUCGGCCUCCCAGUCGCUGCUGGUCAACCUGAAGGCCAUGCAGAACUUCCUGAACCUGCCGGAGUCGGAGCGAGAUCGCAUCUACCAGGAGGAGAGGGAGCGGAGCGCCAGCACCAACCACAACCACUCUGGCAGCCACGCCUCCAGCCCCAACACCUACCGACACGCACAGACAAAAUGCAACAUGCCCGGUCCCGAGCUGCAGCUGAAGCUCGACUCCCUGGUGAGCAUCACGUCAGGAAUCUACGAGGAGAUCCAGCAGGAGAUGAAGAGGGCGAAGGUCUCCCAGGCUCUGUUUGCCAAGGUGGCGGCCAAUAAGAGUCAGGGCUGGCUGUGUGAGCUGCUCAGGUGGAAGGAGAGUCCGAGCCCCGAGAACCGAACGCUGUGGGAGAACCUGUGCACCAUCCGGAGGUUCCUGUCGCUGCCGCAGGGCGAGCGAGACCAGAUCUACGAGGAGGAGUCGAGGCAGCAGCACAGCGACCGACUGCACAGCGUCCUGCACCUCCCCGACCAGCAGCAGAGCCUCCAUAGACAACCGCUGCCUCCUCUCACAGCUCCAUCUCCGACCCACGAGGACCCUCAGCCGGUCCGGCAGGUCUCCGAGGACAAACUUCAGCACAUGAGCCCCGGUCUGGGCGGCGGGGGGACCAAGAAGGCCCGGUCGCGGACUCGGAUUUCCCUGGAGGCCCUGGGAAUCCUGCAGAGCUUCAUCGGGGACGUGGGACUCUACCCCGACCAGGAGGCCAUCCACACCCUGUCGGCCCAGCUGGACCUGCCCAAACACACCAUCGUCAAGUUCUUCCAGAACCAGCGCUACAACGUCAAGCACCACAGCCAGAGCCGGGAGGCCGGCGGCGGGGAGGACGACCGGGACAGUUCCAGUCCCAGCGAGGCCGGACCAACGGAGGCUCUGUCUGGAGCCGAGGAGUCCAGCGAGGACGGGAGGAGAUCGGUGGAGGUGCUGAGAACAGAAGGAGGACAGGAGGUGGAGGUGGAGGUGGAGGAAGGGGCUGAUGGGAAAACCUCGGGGCCGGCGACCUCGUCUCCGUCCCCCUACAGCAGCAUGGACAGCCCUCACUCUGCAGAGCAGCAGAGAUAACGGCAGCAAAACACGUCUUCAUCAUCGUCAUCUUCACCAGAGCUGAAGCUCAGAGCUCGUUAAUAUCUGGAGGAAUAUUUAUGUACGACUGAAGGAACCUUUAGGUUGGUUGGACAGUAUUUGGGAUGAUAUUCCACUCUGACAAAAAAAAAACAAAACAUGUUUCCUCAUUAAUUGUUCAUUUCUCCAAGUUGUGGUUCUGCGAAGGCUUCCCAACAACUCUUCUUUUUAAAGGUGAACCUACAAUCUAGAAAACACUCUGAAACCUGAAGCACAACCAUCCAGCUCAGAUUCUACAAGUUAAAUAAACAGCUUUCAUGGGAGCUUUGAUAAAACGGUGCGUUAAUAUCCUGAACAAAAACACAAACGCAGACACAACAGAUGUCAAUAAAACGCUGACGUAUAAGAUAUACGAUAGACUCACACAGUUAAAGAGGUUGGAUCUGAUGGAAACAGGAGCAGGUUGUUGGACAUCCAGAGCAGAUGUUUGACGGGGGGCAGGACCGGAACAGUUUCCAGCUGUUAUUACAGAAGGACAGAUUCUAGAGACAUGAGGAAGUGUGUUUUCUUGUUAAAACGUGAAGUGAACAAACAGGAUGUCAUCUCGGUUGUUGGGCAUCGACGAGGAGUGAAGGGAGUCUUUGUUUCAGGUUCACGUGACGUCCACAAGACGACGUUUCCAUCUGCUCUGAUCGUCCUCCAUCUAGCUGGAGUCCGACAAACGUGAGCGGCCGCUUGCUGUUAGACGAAGGUCUUGCUAAAGCUGCUUCCCUUUGGCGAGUCCUCCCAGUUUGACCAGAUAUUCUCCAGUUUCUUCUGACCAAUAAAUUGAUCAUAACUCCGUAGCCGAUUGCAAACAACAGUGUCGAAACAGGAAGUGAUUUCUCAGAGGAUAGAUGGUGGAGUUGUGGGUAAUCAGCAGCCAACAGUCCAUUUUCAUCUCUGGUUGUUUGAAUAAAGCUGCGUUUUAUGGUGACUGGUCCUUUAACCCUUUGAUGUGCAACAUGCGUCAAAAGUGACCCAAAUCCAAUGGAAAAUGGGCAUCUCCUGACCCAUACUGCACUGCUUGUGUUUAGACGAAGCUGCAUUUUAGGGUGACUGGUUGGACUGUCUGGUCCUUUAAAGACGCACCAGAUGAGGCAGUGGAUCAACUCUAAGGUCAGGAACAGUUUGAAAGUUUUCUCAAAGUCUCAACAGUUUGCCUGCUGCGUUUGCGUUUUUGUUCAGUUCUGUUUCCGUGCAUGUCGUCACCCUCAGAUGAAUGAAUAGAUGAAUACAUAAAAAUGCAUCGAUGGGUGCUCUCUCUUCCUGUCUCCUCACCUUAGCCUCUGUUCCGAUCAUUUAAAGCCCCAAAUAAGUAUUUCUUUACCAAAUGCAUGGACAGACUGCAGGCAGAGAUGGAAACACAUUCUUGCUCAGUUGGGGUGGAAUUCAACAGAAAGAUCCUCACCUUUUAUGAGAAAUUUAUCACUCCCAUGAUGCUUUAGGAGGUUCCUGCAUUGACUGAUAUGUUUGUGUCCAACACUCUUCCUCCCAUUGAUAUUUAUUACUGGCUCCGUAUUUACUGAAAUCUAAGUAUCCUUGUAAUUCUAAGUUUGUUCUUAUUCCUUUGGUGUGACUGAAGAUGGGACAAGAAGGAAGAAGAAUCUGAACUUUCAUUGACAGUUUCUGCAACAGACUGGACAGGAAAUGAACGUUAUUCUGUACGUUAUGACGGAACACAUAGACAGUCCCCAUGCAAAGGUGAACCAGGAUGCAACCACUGUCACUUUACACUGUUUGGUGUAACUUGUGCCACAAAGGACGAAAACGAAUGAUUUCAGUUUCGACACAAAGUCUCUGAUUUGUUCCACUUUGAUGUUCUUUGAUUCUGUUGUGGGCGGGACAUGAAAAUCUGAUAAAACGUUUUCCAAAGUA